AUGCCUGCCGCUAAAUCCAAACCUCCGUCACUGAAGUCACUGCAAACGAAGCUGCGUGGAUUACAAACGUCGUUCGACAAUAUGUGUCGAUUUAUGGAGCAGUACCGGGAAGAUACGAAAUCGACAGAGGUCAACGUACGACUGGAGCAGCUGGAUCGAUUGUGGGAUAAAAUGAACGAGGCCAUCGAUGACGUCGAAUCCCACGAAGAAUCGAUAGAAGAAGCAGAUAGUUUCGUCAAAAAUCGGAUCGAUUUCGAGAACCGUUUUUACGAGCUGAAAGCUUUUCUUGUUGGUAAGCAAAGAGAAGAUUGUGACCAAACCGUACUUAACCAGACUACUCGCUCUCUCGAUAAUCCCCCCGGGCCCACCCCUCAUGUGCGAUUACCACAAAUUACUCUUCCUAAAUUUAGUGGUAAGAUAGAUGAAUGGCUUACCUUUCGUGAUCUCUUUACCUCACUGAUACAUAGGCAGACCGACCUGCCCGAGAUCGAAAAGUUUCACUAUUUGCGUAGUCAGCUGGAAGGAGAAGCUUUAUCGAUUAUCGAUUCACUUCCCCUUAUCAAGGCAAAUUACACUGUUGCAUGGGAACUACUGACGAAGCGUUACUCAAACACGAAGGUUCUCCGUAAACGUCAGGUUCAGGCACUCUUUGAGUUACCAACGAUUCGGAGAGAAUCGGCUUCUGAGUUAAAUUCUCUACUAGACAAUUUCGAGAAGAUAGUUAAGUCAUUAGAUCAGGUCACUCCCCAGCAGACUGACUAUAAGGAUAUGCUACUGGUGCAUCUACUUUGUUCGCGUUUGGAUCACACUACUAGAAGGGGAUGGGAGGAAUUUUCCUCCACCAAAGAAUCGGAUACCAUAAAGGAUCUUACUGAGUUCUUACAGCGUCGGGCCAGAAUUUUGGAAUCUGUGCCCAUCAAGCCCAGCGAAAUUAAGGCAGAGUACACACAACCUAAGCGUCCAAACAAAAUAGCCACGGUCAAAGCAUACAAUGCAUCGGUUCAACGACCUUCGACGAGCGGCACAUGUGUCAGCUGUUCCGAUAAUCAUCUUCUCUACCAAUGUCCAUCAUUUCAAAGGUUAUCGGUUUCGGAGAGAGAUGCACUUCUGCGUAGCCAUUCCCUGUGUCGAAAUUGUUUCCGGCGGGGUCAUCAUGCGAAAGAAUGCAAUUCGAAAUUCACUUGCAGGCAAUGUAAAGGGAAACACCAUACGCUCGUGUGCUUCAGGAGUAAAGCAACCGAAGAAAAACCAAAACCCAAUGGCGAACCAACUUCGGCGGUGAUGGCUGCAACCGAAGAAGCAAUCGAACCAAAGGUGGUCAACUUGGCGACCACCAGCAAGGUGGUUUGCAACACGGUAUCUAGUUCAUCGACUGGAGUGUUUUUACUCACUGCUAUUGUUACUCUGGUGGACGACCGAGGUCAACAGGUUCAUGCUCGAGCAUUAUUAGAUAGUGCGGCGGAGUGUAAUUUAAUAAGCGAUCGAGUGCGAAAAUCUCUUACGGUUAAAGAGCAACCAUGUACGGUCGAGGUGGUAGGCAUCCAAGGUUUAUCUUCUAAGGUACAGAGGAAAAUCACUGUCAUGGUACAAUCCAGGUUUUCAGAGUUUUCGCAACCAAUGGAAAUGUACAUUCUACCCAAAAUCGCAGCACAAGUGGCAGUCAUAUCGGUCGACGUCAACCAAUGGAAUUUACCGAGUGGGAUCGAACUGGCGGAUCCGACAUUCUUCAAAGGUGGCUCAGUUGACUUGGUAUUGGGAGCUGAGGCCUUUUUCGAUUUUUUCACAACUGGCCGUAAAAUCCGACUUGGAAACAACUUACCCUCGUUGGUGGACUCUGUGUUUGGAUGGGUGGUCACGGGCAAAUGUUCGGUGGCUGCUUCCGUUAAAUCUGUCGUUUGCGACCUUACAAUAAACUACAAUUUAGAUAGCCUACUGGAGAAGUUCUGGGAAUCUGAAGACUUUGUCCAAUGUCACAACUACUCUCCCGAGGAAUCAAGAUGUAUGGAGUAUUUCACCAAAACUACCCGACGGCAGCCUUCGGGUCGGUAUACUGUGUCCUAUCCGAGAAAUGAUGAGUUAUUUGCCAAGCUAGGUGAUUCGAAGGAGAUAGCUGAGCGUAGAUUCUUACAAAUAGAGAAGCGAUUGGGGCGAGAUGAGAAGCUGCGAGAACAAUAUGCCGACUUCAUGAAAGUGUAUGAAUCCAUGGGGCACAUGAAAUUAAUCGACGAUGAACACGAUACGGACGUUAAGCGAUGUUUUCUCCCACACCAUCCAGUGGUGAAAGAAGACAGCACAACCACUAAGGUGCGGGUGGUAUUUGAUGCCUCCGCAAAAACAUCUAGCAACGUUUCCUUGAAUGAUAGCUUGCUGGUCGGUCCGGUCAUCCAAGAAGAUUUGCGUUCGAUAAUUCUUCGUAGCCGCACACGCCAGGUGAUGGUGGUCGCCGAUAUUGAAAAGAUGUUUCGGCAAAUUGAAAUUCAUCCCGAAGACCGACAAUUUCAGUGCAUUCUGUGGCGUACCUCUCCCAACGUCCCUCUGUCUACAUAUGAACUAUCGACAGUCACAUAUGGUACCAAGCCAGCACCGUUUCUUGCAACAAGGGUACUUAUGCAGCUGGCCACUGAUGAGGAGAAGCGGUUUCCGUUGGCUUCGACUGCUGUUAGAGAGGACUUUUAUAUGGACGACGUGAUAACAGGUGCUGACGAUCCAAUCACAGCUACAGAACUUCGCAUCCAACUGCAGGAGAUGCUACGCAGCGGUGGAUUUUGGCUACGAAAGUUUGCUUCUAAUUGUGAAACCGUACUGGCAGGAUUACCGGAGGAAGAACUCGCAAUUCAAGCAGAUGAUGGGAUUAAUCUGGACCCUGAUCCCAUGGUUAAAACUUUAGGUUUAGUUUGGAUACCCAAAACCGACGUCUUACGAUUUCGUUUUCGCAUACCCGCUUUGUCGUCAGAUGUUUCCCUGUCGAAAAGAAAGGUUCUUUCGAUAAUAGCCACGUUAUUCGAUCCGUUAGGACUUAUUGGAGCAGUAAUCACUCGCGCUAAAAUAUUUAUGCAACUGUUGUGGCGUCUGGAGGAUCAAGAGGGAAAUAAAUUAGGAUGGGAUUCCCCUUUACCUACAGAGGUUGAAGAUGAGUGGCGAGUCUUUCACGAGCAAAUUCCGCUUCUGAACAAUUUGCGUAUUGAGCGUUAUGUCAUGAUAUGUAGUACGGUGUGCGUGCAAAUCCAUAUGUUUUCCGAUGCUUCUGAGAGGGCUUUUGGAGCCUGCGCGUACAUGCGUACCAAGGACACGUCCGGUAAAAUUAAGGUUGCUAUUUUGUCAUCGAGGUCAAGAGUUUCACCGUUGAAAACACAAUCAAUCCCCAGACUUGAACUUCGCGGCGCAUUAAUGGCAGCUGAACUAUAUUUGAAGGUGAAAGAGUCAAUCAGGUGUUCUAUGGAAGCUUUCUUUUGGACGGACUCAUCUACAGUACUACGGUGGCUAUUGGCAACGCCGUCAACUUGGACAACAUUUGUGGCGAAUCGUGUAUCCAAGAUCCAGUCGCUGACUGAAAACUGUCACUGGAAUCAUGUUCCUGGGGAACAAAACCCGGCCGAUCUUAUUUCAAGAGGAGUUGCACCGGAAAAUAUUAUCAACAAUGAAUUGUGGUGGAAAGGACCUGAAUGGCUAUCCAAGAAUCCGACGUCUUGGCCUAAGCAACAUAACCUGUCAUCUGAAGGUAUGGAAGAAGAGAAAAGGCGUGUUGUACUGGCGGUGGUUCCGGAAAAUCCCAGCUUCAUCCAAUGGUAUCUAACUCGUUUCCCUAAUUUCAAUUCUGUUAUCCGAAGAACGGCGUACUGGGUUCGUUAUCUGAACAAUCUGUGGUCCCAUAAGGGAGGAAAGCGACAAGGUGGUCCGUUAACAACAAUAGAGCUUCAACGAGCUGAAUAUAAGGUCAUACAAUUGGUGCAGGCAGAAGGUUUCCCAAAUGAACUAAAAGCACUGGCACGGGGAGAGUGGGUACCGCGUUCAUCACCAUUACGCUGGUACAACCCAUUUAUAGCGGAAGAUGGAUUAUUGAGGGUCGGGGGGAGGUUAGGGCAUUCUAGAGAGUCUGAUGAUGCAAAGCACCCCAUUGUGCUUCCUGCGAAACACUUGCUUACCGAAUUGCUUUUCAAACACUAUCAUCUUAAACUCUUGCACGCUGGUCCACAAUUAUUGUUGAGUACGGUUCGGCUUCGAUACUGGCCCUUAGGCGGAAGGAAUAUUGCAAGAACGGUGUGUCAUCAAUGUUUGCGAUGCUACCGUAUGAGACCGACGCUGAUUCAACAGUUUAUGGCUGAUUUACCGGCAUCGAGAGUUACGGCGGCGAGACCAUUUUCGACUACAGGCGUCGAUUAUUUUGGGCCGGUGUACGUUAGAUCAGGAUACCGGCGGACCGCAGUAAAAGCAUACGUAUCGGUGUUUGUCUGCUUUGUGACGAAGGCGACACACCUAGAAUUGGUCACUGAUCUUUCGACGGCACGGUUUAUUCAGGCUUUGCGGAGAUUCACGUCACGUCGGGGAAAUUGUGCUACAUUGUGGUCCGAUAAUGGCACUAACUUCGUUGGAGCUAAAAACCAGAUGCGAGAGUUACUGAAAAUCCUGAACACCAAAGAACAUCACCAGAAGGUUGCCAAGGAGUGUGCAGACGAUGGAAUGCAGUGGAAGUUUAUACCCCCUGGAGCUCCCCAUUUCGGUGGCCUCUGGGAGGCUGCUGUGCGAUCGGCGAAAAAACAUCUUUUGAAGGUGCUAGCGGACACGCCAGUCUCCUACGAGGAUAUGACGACUCUUCUAACACAAGUCGAGUGCUGUCUGAACUCGCGGCCUCUGACGCAGCUUUCGGAUGAUCCUGAUGACUUGCGGCCACUCACACCAGGUCAUUUCCUGGUUGGUUCUGCUCUCCAAUCCAUACCAUCAGCAGACUACACCGACACAGCUUACGGGAGACUAAAGACGUGGGAAGCUGUACAGAAGAGGUUGCAAGACUUUUGGCGGCGAUGGAAAACCGAGUACCUCAAUCAACUACAAGGGCGCGUUAAGUGGUGGAAACCACCGGUUGGAAUAAGGCAAGGCAGCUUAGCAGUGAUUCGUGAUGACAACCUACCGCCAACGAAAUGGAGAAUGGCGCGAAUCAUUUCGACCCACCCGGGACCAGAUGGGGUGGUCCGAGUAGUCACUCUACGAACAGCGAACGGGACAGUGGAUAGACCGGUUGACAAAAUUUGCAUCUUACCGGUUGCAACGGAUGACGGGGAUCUCAAUGCGAACGAAACGAUCAACUGA